UAAUAUGCAUUGUUGCGAAUCGAUGCUUUUAGCAGAGGUGGACAAGGCCCGAAUCGAUGCUGUUGUCACCGCAUAUGGCAAAUCAGCACUCGAGUACACCGGUAUGGUUGAUGCUUUCAGGAAAAACGUUCGUUAUGAAGGUUUUGGAGCCUUGUAUAAAGGUUUGGUUCCGAACUCGGUCAAGGUGGUUCCAUCAAUAGCAAUUGCGUUUGUGUCGUACGAGGUGGUUAAGGAUCUACUUGGGGUAGAGAUGAGGAUAUCUGAUUGAAAACCAUCCUAGCUAUAACAAUAAUAAUGUUGUUCAAUGAAUAAUGUUAUUUUUGCGUGCAGAAGAGAAAGUAGGAGGUAUAAAGUACGGUGGUCGUGAGUUCGUGACUCUUUUUUUGUUGUCUUCUCCCUGUCGGUUAUCUUCUUUCAGUUACUGAGGGAUUUAGAAGUUGUUACUGUUGAUAUAGUGGACCGCAGUGCAUACCGACAUUUUCUAUUUCUGUUGUGGUCUUUUGGUGUUUGGCGUUCGUGUCACACCAACACCACCCAAUAAGGAUAUUUCAUAGAGUUGGCGAGUUGAUUGAUCUUUACUAUGGUUAUGAUUAUGUUUAUGAUAAUCGUUUCUUUUAA